AUGAACAGGGCAGAAAAGGCAGCUGAGACUCGCAAACGGAAUAAGCUGGAGAAGGCUAUCGCUGACAAAAAACUCCUGGAGUCAGUCCAAGCUCCCAGAAAAGCAUUUGCUGAUGCGCUGAAGACUCAUCGCAUAUGGACUCAGACGCCCGCUGGGGGUGCAAAACGUGCCAUUGAUUCCGAAGAUGACGACUCAGAGAUAAAAUCUCAGCCUAUAAAACCGCCGAAGAAGAAAGGAAAGGUUCUCGCCGAGAGUACAGCAUCUUCUGAGCCGCAGUAUAACAUCGCUGCUAGUCAGUCAAUCUCAAAGGCACGAGACAAGGUGGAUCGUUCAAAGCAAGUAGCAAAGCGACCUCCGCCUGCAGCUCGAAGAUCAAACACUGACAGUGACUCGAGCGUUGAAGAGCCUAUCCCACGACAAGAGAAAACUCAGCGUUUGAAGCAGUCCUCCCAGGUGGCAGUCAAAAGCACUUCCGAGAGGUCGCGGGGCGAUCUCCAGAUAGCAAGUGAGGAUGGCGAGGGCGAGGGCGAUGGUGAUGCUUCCGGAGAGAAUAGUGACCCAGAGGAAGAUCUCGAUGACGAUUUCGAUGAAGAUCUCGACUUGGGAAACAAAAGCAUCAAGGAACUUGAAGAGAUGCUUAGUAAGGAGUCUGCGACAAUUCUGGAUGCCCCCGGGCCUGAGGCUCUCUUCGAUCAAGACGACGACAUCGUUCUCGCUUCCGAUUCCUCAAAGUCUUACCAUCGCCAUUCCUCCAGCGCCAGUUUUGCGUCUUCCGUGCCACUGACAACCUCCGACGGCGUAGACAUACAUGAAGAUUCUGAAAGUGAAGCCCUCCCUAGCUUCGAUAAAGAAGCUGACAUUGUUCCCACUUCCAAAUCUUCUGGGUCACGCUAUCGCCGUUCCUCCAACGCCAGUUUUUCGAAUUCCGUGCCAGCGACAGACUCUGAGGGCGUGAACAUGGGCAUCGAUUAUGAAGAUCCUGAAAGUGAAGUCCUUUCCAGGUCCAAACUGCCGAAAUCAACAAAGAAGCCUGGCAACCGAAAAGGCGGGGCGAAGCCACUGACCCAACGUGAGCAUAAGUUCCGACGAGAGAAGCCAAGCGUCGACAUGGGAACGACCGCUGUUGCGUACUGGGCUGUAUGCAUCACUUAUGAUGUGGAAAACCGGCACUUUCCAAAAGAUUUCCUUUGA